UCGUCAGGAGAGCUCCGUGUGACAGAUGCCAGGCCAGGGAAACCCGCUUCACUCAACGCCGGGGAGCGAAGCGGGACGGCGGCGGCUUGUUUUCGGGAUUCUCCGGCUCCGCUGAAGCGGAACCCGCUGACUGGACGACAUGUCCGGCGACAAGGCGACGGGAUCCUGCCGCCGGUUCCAGCCGAACGUCUUCAGUAAGAGCAAAUGUCAGAACUGCUUCAAGUCCCGGGAAGUUCACCCGCUGAACGACAGCGACCUGGAGCAGGCGAAGCCCGUCUACGCCGGCUGGUUGUGUUUGGCUCCUGAGGGAACGGACUUUGAUAAUCCCGCCCAGAGGUCCAGGAAAUGGCAGCGGCGUUUCUUCAUCCUGUACGAACACGGCAGAAUGACGUACGCUCUGGAUGAGCUGCCCAAUACUCUGCCACAGGGAACCAUCAACAUGAACCUGUGUACCGGCGUUACGGACGCCGAGCCCUGGACCGGCCAGAGGAACGCGCUGUGCAUCGCCACGGCGACGCAGGAAGUCUUCAUCCGCGGCGACAGCAGAGAGAUCAUCAGCGGGUGGGGCGAGCAGCUCACUGCGUACCUGUCUGCUAACAAACAGCAGAAGAAGAAACGCAGCGUUGACUCUGUGGCCAAUCAGGACCCCAGCCCAGCAAACAUGGCCGCCGCCGGUCGGAGCAAUCCUGCGUCGGCGGCCGGGCCUGCACGUCCAGAUGUGCCUCCGGUCCGGACCGUAACAAGAACCGACUCACUAACAAGCGACAGCGUGCCGACCCAGCCGGGCCCCGCCUCCUCCCUGACCCCUGUGACCCCUGUGACCUCAGGCGGCGCCGGACGCCUGGCCGCCGGCCGUUACGACCAGAACCAGAACCAGAGCAGAAGCCUGGAUCGCUCAGCAGAGCAGCAGCUGGGGCCGGAGAUCUGGAGCGGAGCGCAGAGAGGCGGAGGAGCCGAAUGCGGGGCUGGCUCCAGGACCGACCGGACUGCCGGGAUUGACCGGACCGCCGGGCGAGAGAAACUGCGGUCGACAGGAGACGGGAGCCUGCUCAGCGUUCCCGCGCCUCAGAGCAGAACCCGGUCUCUGGACCGCCGGACAGCGGACGGCGCCGUGGCGGCCAUGACGCCAGUUCUGCUGAACUUUAAGAAAGGCUGGAUGAUGAAGCUGGAUGAAGACGACGAGUGGAGGAAAUAUUGGUUUGUUCUGUCGACGGCCAGCCUGAGGUUCUACAGAGACUCGUCAGCUGAGGAGGCUUCAGACCCGGACGGAGAAAUCGACCUGUCGAAGUUCUACAGUGUGUCUGAAUAUCAGGUCCAGAGAAACUACGGCUUCCAGAUCCACACCCAGAAGGCCGUCUUCACGCUGUCCGCCAUGACGGCAGGAAUACGCAGGAACUGGAUCCAAGCGCUGAUGAAGAACGUCAAUCCGGCCGACGCGCCCGAUGUGGCCAGCUUACCUGGCCGCCGCCUCACCUGCAGCCCAGCUGAGGUCGGACCGUACGUGGCGCAGGACUCCGCCUCCUGUCACGCCCCCACACCCUCAGGCCCCGCCUCCAGCAGCGAGUCGGACCAGUCCGGGGUCGGCGCCAAAGCCCGACUGGACGGAGUUACGUCCUACCUGGAGCUGGGCGACCUGGAGAGGCUCAAGCGGCGGGAGGAGAGGAGGCGGCGCUACGAGAGCCUGCUGGGCUUCCCUCUGGGGCGGGGCGGGCCGCAGGGCGGCGCCACGCGACCUCUGAGCCCCCAGUCCCAGCUGAAGAUGGAGGAGCGGAUCGCAAAGUGCUGGAGGCAGGUGGAGAGGACGGCGCUGAGACCAGAGAGGACGGUGGCACUGCCCACCGAGUCCAGAGACACUCUGGAGACGGAGAUGCUGCUGCAGGACUGCAGGACGCUGGUCGAUGACCUGAAGGCCCAGCUGGCGGGUUUGGAGCGUCGCAGACUCCAGCUGGAAGAUCGCCUCAGAGCCGCCAGAUUCUGUCCGGAGCAGAUGGACCUUCUGGUUCCAUUCGACCCGAUUUUCCACCCUGCAGACUGGAGCUUGACUCUGCUGAAUGACUCUGGGUGGCUGUUCAGAGACCUGCUGCAGCAGCGCAGAGACCGGCUGCAGCAGCGCAAAGAGCUGCUGCAGCAGCACAGCAACUCCUCGUCGGCUGCAUGUCUGUCCGGCAUCUGGAUACGCCUCCCAGUCGGAGAUUCAGCAGAAACAGACGGUUUGGUCUUAGCUGCAGCUGCAGCUGGCGGCCAGCAGGGGGCGCCUCAGGCUGACUGGAGAGACCCGGACAUCCACGCUGCAGUGAAGAGUCUGACCCAGGAGGUGGCGCUGCUCAGCAGCCAGAACCGAGCUCUGGACCAGCACAACCAGGAGAUGCUGGACCAGCUGACCGAGGCGGACCGGGAGAUCGACCGGCUGAGGGCCGAGUUGGGCCGCUGCUACAACGAGCCGCUCCGCCGGAACCAGGAGCUGCUGUCGGCCUCACUGGAGGUUCUGCUGCGGCUCAAACACUCAGCAGAACCAAACGGACCAGAACUGCAGCUGGAGCAGUCGGAACGGACCUGCAGGAAACCAGAGCAGGAAAACACGGAGCUGAAGGAAACAACAGUUGAAGACGUCACUGAGGAGAAACCGGACCAGAACCAGAACCAGAACCAGGCCGUUUCUGCUGAAGAAAACAUCCAGGAAGUGACAGCAGGAGCGGGGAUGAGGCUGCAGGCGUUGGCGCAGCUGCUGGAGGUCAUCGACGGUUUGGACCUCAGAGAGGAAGAGGAGGAAGAGUUCUGGAAAUCUGACUUGAACAAGAUGAAGAGCGACCCGGCCCGGUUGCAGCAGCCAAUAGGAGAGCAGCUGGAGCAGCAGCUGGAGCAGGCCGGCCAUGCGCUGCUGCACCCUGAGGAAGAGGAGGAGGAAGAAGAGGAGAGCUUCGUGUGGGGAAGAGUUUCAGAGAACCGCAGAUUUACUGAUGAGCUGAGAGGCAUCACUCUGAGCAGAAUAUCGUGUCUGAACCGCCUCGCUGCCUCCGGCCGCAGCGCCGCAUGCGACCGCCUGCAAUCCGCCGCAGACAAACUCUCCUCUUCCCACCUCGCAUCGUCUGCAGAGGCGGACGCAUUCUGCUGCGUUCGGCUCAGCAGGCUGCGGUCCAGAUACCAGAGGAGAGUCUGUUCCAGCUGCAGCGGCCGCAUGGAGGAGAUCCAGGAGCUGAACACCGGACCGGAGGACGCGUGGACCACAGAGGAUGCCCAGGUGAGCAUCAGCUGCCAGACUGAUGGAGGUCAGAGGUCAACAGCAGCAGGCUCAGAGGAAAUGCUGCACCUGGAGCAGAAUGAAACUCCUCUGAUGAGGCCGCAGGAGACGCAGCAAAGCUCUGACCUCCGAGCCGAAGGGGAGACGCUGCAGGAGGAGCUGAGGCGAAUGCAGGAGCAGCACCGGCGGGAGGUCGCUCAGCUGAAGGCCUCCUGUGAGCGUGCCUUCAUCACCAUGGAGACCUGUCAUCUGGGGGUGGUAGAGGAGCUGCAGCGCCUGCACCAGCAGGAGGUGCAGUGCCUCCUGGUGGAGAGAGACAGACUGUUGGAGGAGGAGAGCGCUGCUACUGCGACCGCGAUCGAAGCCAUCAAGAAGGCCCACCGCGCCGAGCUGCAGACGGAGAUCCAGAGGAGGAGCCAAUCAGAGAACUGCAGCAGAAACUCGCAGCUGGAGGAGAUCCACAGGGAGGAGCUGGCCUCCUUCCAGCUGGAGCUGGACGUUUUGUCCCAGCAGUUCUCCAUCAAGUGUCUGGAGAACAGACACCUGGUCCAGGCUGUGGAGGCCGAGAGGAAGGCCUUGGGUCAGUGUCGGCAGGAGAACCGGGCCCUGCGGAGCCGCAACCAGGAGCUGAGCCGUCACCUGGCGGCGGAGAUCACCAGACUGUGUUCUGUGGCCCAGCAGGAGCAGCCGCCGCGCGGCCAGACCGGGGACAGCUACGAGGUGGAGGUCACGCUGCGAGUUCAGGAGGCCGAGGUCCAGAGUCUGAAACAGGAAGUGGCGUCUCUGAAGGACGAGCUGCAGGCGGCGGUGAAGGACCAGAGGAACGCAGCACAGAAGUACCUGAGGAGCUGAGGGAGAACCUGAGGCUGGCGCAGCCUGACCUCCAGGACGACCUUCAGCCUGACCUCCAGGACGACCUUCAGCCUGACCUCCAGGACGACCUUC